CAGUGCGCAGGCGCGGGAAAGUUGAGCUACUAAAAAGUUUGUACGGGUGGAGGAGGGGGUGGAGGAGGAGGAGGCGGUGACGGCGGCGGGGCCCCAGGUCAGGUGCCUCCAUGGCAGGCUCGGAAGAGCUGGGGCUCCGAGAUGACACGCUGAAGGUCCUAGCUGCCUUUCUUAGGCGGGGUGAGGCUGCCGGGUCCCCCGUUACAACACCACCCAGGAGCCCUGCCCAAGAGGAGCCAACAGACUUCCUGAGUCGCCUUCGAAGAUGUCUUCCCUGCCCCCUGGGGCGAGGAGCAGUUCCCCCUGAGUCCCCUCGGCCUUGCUCCCUGCCCCUCCGCCCCUGCUAUGGUUCAGAGCCUGGCCCAGCUACUCCAGACUUCUAUGCCCUGGUGGCCCAGCGGCUGGAACAGCUGGUCCAAGAGCAACUGAGAUCUCCACCUAGCCCUGAGUUACAGGGUCCCCCACCCACGGAGAAGGAAGCGCUGCUUCGGAGGCUGGUGGCUUUGCUGGAGGAGGAGGCGGAAGUCAUCAACCAGAAGCUGGCCUCCGACCCCGCCCUGCGCAGCAAACUGGUCCGCCUGUCCACUGGCUCUUUCUCCCGCCUAGUGGAGCUGUUUUCCAGCCGUGAGGGCAGCUCUCACCCAAGUCGCGCAUGCCCUGGGCCGCCACCACCUUCACCAGAGCCUCUGGCCCGCCUGGCUCUGGCCAUGGAGCUGAGCCGGCGCGUGGCCGGGCUCGGGGGCACCCUGGCCGGACUUAGCGUGGAGCACGUGCACAGCUUCGCGCCUUGGAUCCAGGCCCACGGGGGCUGGGAGGGCAUCCUAGCCGUUUCACCCGUGGACUUGAACUUACCCUUGGACUGAGAUCUUCCUCAGAAGCUGUUACAAGAUUGGACCUCAUGUCUCUGCCCUCUUCGUAUUGUGUGCCUUCUUGUCCCACUCAGGGCUGUGGGGUGGUGGCUGCCCUACCUGUUUUUACCAAAAAGAAAUUGUUUAAAAUUUUUCAUAUUAAAAACUUUUGAAAGUA